AUGAAAUAAAUAUUAAUAGUAAAUAAAAAGAUGAAUUAACAGAAUAACUUUUUUAAUAAUCUAGAAGAUUUAAUGAAAUCAAAUUUGAAAGCUCUAACUUGUAUUGAGCUAUAGUUGAAAAAUUGUACUCUUAGUAAUGAAUAAGUUGCUUAGCUUAACACUUCUUUACUAUAAUGUGAAAAAUUAGAAUCUUUAAUAUUAAAUCUUAAUAAGGAAAGUAUUUCAAGUGAUGAGAUAAAUUAAUUAUUUAUUAGAUUUAGAUAAAUAAAGAAUUUAGUUGAAACUAAUAAUAUCAGCAAUGAUUAAAUAUAUGCCCAGAUUUAGUUUUUCCAAAGUAUUUUUUACAGAGGAGCUCCUAAAGAACCUAGUUUAAAAGAAAUGUAAGCUUAAGGAAAGAUUCUUUUAGAAGAAACUACGAUUGAUCUAAUUAAUCUCAACAGUUUACAGUUAAAUUUAGAUGGAAAUUAAAUUGGUGAAGGAGGUGCAAUUUGGAUUUGCACUUUAUUAAAUAGAUGCAAAACGCUUACUAACUUAAAUCUGCAGCUAUGGAAAAAUAAAUUGGGCGAUAGAGGGAUUUAGAGUAUUGCAGAAGGUAUUAGCAGUUGUACUAAACUCACAACUUUAACUUUAAAUACAGCUGCAAAUUUAUUUGGAAAAGAAGGUGCAUUUUCUAUUAGUAAAGCAUUAGAUAGUUGUAGAAUGCUGACUGAUCUAGAUAUUAACCUCUCUGACAAUUAUAUUGGUGACGAAGGAGCAUCUGCUAUUUUUUUAGCGCUAGGACGUUGUAAAUUACUUAUGAAUUUAAAAUUUAUGCUUUGUAACAAUUAAAUUGGGGAUGGAGGAGCAUAUUCUUUUGGAACAGCAUUAAGCAACUUACAAUUACUUGUUAAUUUAAAAUUUUGUUUGAGAUAAAAUAAAAUUGGUGAUUAAGGAGCAUUAAGCGUUGGAUUAGGUUUAAGUAAAUGUAAUCAACUUACCAAUUUAGAUAUUGGGAUGGAAUUAAAUUAAAUUGGAAAUGAUGGAGCUUCUGUUAUCGGUAGGACUAUUGGUAACUGUAGAUUCCUUACUAAUCUCUAGCUUUAGAUCUAUGGAAAUAAAAUUGGAGAUUAAGGAGCAUAAAAUAUUGGAUUAGGCUUAAGAAACUGCACUGAACUUACAAAUUUAAAAAUUUGGAUUAACGAAAAUUAAAUUAAGGAAGAUGGAGCUUCUGCUAUUGGUACAGCACUUGGUAACUGCAAUUUCCUUACUGAUCUCGAUUUUAAUAUUUCGAAAAAUUAAGUCGGUGAUAAAGGAGCAUAAAAUAUUGGAUUAGGUUUGAGAAACUGCACUCAACUUACAAAAUUAGAAUUUCGGAUAAGUUUAAAUUAAAUCGGGGAUGAUGGAGCUUCUGCUAUAGGUACAGCACUUGGUAACUGUAAAUUCCUUACUGAUCUCCACUUUAAUAUUUCGGAAAAUUAUUUAGGUGAUAAAGGAGCACAAAAUAUUGGAUUAGGUUUGAGAAACUGCACUCAACUUACAAAUUUAGAAUUUGGAAUAAGUUCAAAUUAAAUCGGGGAUGAUGGAGCUUCUGCUAUAGGUACAGCACUUGGUAACUGUAAAUUCCUUACUGAUCUCUAUUUUAAUAUUUCGGAAAAUUAAGUCAGUGAUAAAGGAACACAAAAUAUUGGAUUAGGUUUGAGUAACUGCACUCAACUAACAAAUUUAUAGUUUGAGUUAAGCUCAAAUUAAAUUGGUGAUGAUGGAGCUUCUACUAUCGGUACAGCACUUGGUAACUGCAAAUUCCUUACUAAUCUCCUAUUUGAUAUUACGGAAAAUAAAAUCGGUGAUAAAGGAGCAUAAAGUAUUGGAUUAGGUUUGAGUAACUGCACUCAACUUACAAAUUUACAAUUUUAGAUAAGCAUAAAUUAAAUUGAGGAUGAUGGAGCUUCUAGUAUCGGUACAGCACUUGGUAGCUGCAAAUUGCUUACUAGUCUUCAUUUUAAUAUUUCGUAAAAUAAAAUCAGUAAUAAAGGGGCAUAAAGUAUUGGAUUAGGUUUGAGUAACUGUAAUCAACUUACAAAUUUAGUAUUUCAUAUUAACUUAAAUUAAAUUGGUGAUGAUGGAGCUUCUGCUAUCGGUACAGCACUUGGUAACUGCAAACUGCUUACUAAUCUUCACUUUAAUGUUUCGUAAAAUCAAAUUGCUGAUAAAGGAGCAUAUAAUAUUGGAUUAGGUUUGAGUAACUGCACUCAACUUACAAAUUUAAAAUUUUGGUUAAGAUCAAAUUAAAUUGGCUGUGAUGGAGCUUCUACUAUCGGCACAGCACUUGGCAACUGCAAAUUCCUUACUGAUCUCGAUUUUAAUAUUUCGAAUAAUAAAGUCAGUGAAAAAGGAGCAUAAAAUAUUGGAUUAGGUUUGGGUAACUGCACUCAAUUAACAAAUUUAUAAUUUUGGAUAAGAUCAAAUUAAAUUGGGGAUGAUGGAGCUUCUACCAUCGCUACAGCACUUAAUAAUUGCAAAUUGCUUACUAAUCUCACUUUUAUUAUUAAUUCUAAUAAAAUCGGUGAUAAGGGAGCAUAAGAUAUUAGAUUAUUCUUAACUAACUGCACUUAACUUACAACUUUACUAUUUAUCUCAGAUAAUGAUGAGAAGUUUUUAAAAUCUAGUGAUACUAUCAACUGUAAAAAUAUAAAGUUAUUGACACUUUUUACAACACAAUUCAGUAUAGAAUCAUACUUAGAAAUCAAAAGAUUAGCUUAAAAAAUCAAAAGAUUAGUUAAAUUGAAUGUAUUUUGA